AUUUAACUUCCCGGAAGGUAAGCAUGUGGAUCUUUCGAAGCAGAUAAACCGAGUCUACAACCACCGCUGUUGAAAUUGACAUUGUUCGUCGAUCAAAAUGUGGAAGCGAUCUAUGCUUCUGUCAUCUUUCACAGAGGCCACUCUGCUCCAGGGUGGUCGCUGUCUCAGCUGCCAAUUCCGCAAUGCCGCUGCCACUUCAACUAUUCGAGUAAAGCCGGCGCUGCGCUACUACGCAAGCAGCAGCAACAAUGAUAAAGCAGCAAAGACGGCUGUACCCAAUCCGACGGCGAAUAAUAAGGUCCAAUUUAAACAGAACCCAUCCCCGUCAUCAGUUCCUUCCGCGGCCCCCGAACCCGGCGACGAUGACUUCGUUCCUCCGACCCUCGACCGUCCAAUUGGUUCGGUGAUUCCUCCGCAAGAAGGACAGAACACCGGUAUUGAUUCGCGAACUCUCCGGCAAAGACGAGACGACUUUGUCAACUAUGAUAGACAUCUGGAGCGUCGCAAAGAAUUAACAAGACAAGUCGCAAAGCCCUAUUUCCGAGAAUGGUCGAACCUCCGUCAUCACGAAGGAAAGACUUUCUACUCCGGUCCCCGGUUAUUCAAACGAGACAAGGCGCUCUACUUCCCCAACAUGCACGGUACCACACUUGCAUCGCCCAAGGAACCGCAGGAUACCACCACGCAGCUUCGGGGCAGAAUUUCCGUCGUGAACCUUUUCUCUAGUGUUUGGGCAGAGACGCAGGUUGCGACUUUCACGGGCCCCGAACAGAAUCCAGGCCUCUAUGAGGCGAUCAAGAGCGGUGGCGAUAUGGUUCAGAAGGUGGAUAUCAACUUAGAAGAGAAUGCCCUCAAGGCAUGGCUGGUUCGCAGAUUCAUGUGGCGCAUGCGGAACAAGUUGCCUGAACAGCAACAUAGACGCUACUUCCUGGUUCGCAAAGGUGUCACAGAAGGCGUUAAGGAGUCUAUCGGAAUGAUAAACAGCAAGGUUGGAUAUGUUUAUCUCUUGGAUGAAAACUGUCGCAUUCGGUGGGCAGGAAGCGGGCCUGCAGAAGAACAUGAGCUCGAGGCACUUAACAACGGAAUCCGCAAACUGAUUCAAGAGAACAAGAUCAGUAGGGAGUCUGAGUUACCUGCUGCAGAGUGGGGAAGGAAGAGUCAAAACGAGUCAGCAGCUCAAAAGCCCCGGGUUGUCAUGAGAUCUUGAGGGGCAUAAAUAGUCAUCAUGUAUAUACAUAUGUA